AUGGGGGAUAGAUUUGAUGGAGCCCUCGCUGGAGGUGGAAGAAGCCUCAUGCCAGAAGUUGGCGUCGUGGAUGCUGUACAACAGCUUGCAUUGAACGAAACUUUGGUGACCGCAGACGAGUCUGGUAACCUUGUCAUUUUCCGUGCGAUUCAGAAUCCUUACCAUGGAGGGUUUAUGGUGACGCAAGAGUGUGGAGUGACGAAUCGGGAUGCAAUGACGAAUGCCAUCAAGCUCUCUCAAAUGACCUCAAUGCUCAAUGACAACGACAGAUGCGCAAAGUAUGCGAAGGCAUUGUCUCGCGCUUUGCAAAAGCGGCCUGAGAGUAGGGUUUUAGACAUCGGGACUGGGACUGGAUUGCUAGCGAUGUUAGCAGCUCGUGCUGGUGCGAAACAUGUGGCUGCAUCACCGCAGCUUGAGCGCGCUGUACUCUGA